AGCAAACCUGUCAAAUUGAAUUAGAGGUUAUGUUUACAAUUUGCAACUCCCAAAAAGCCAAACAUGAGAUGUUUAGCUGGUGUAUCCUCUCAAUAAAUUAAUAAUUUACACGAAAAUGUUGAUAUUGAUCCUCGCCUUUCAUAUACUUCUCCAUCUUAAACCCACCCUUUGCAAGGAUGAUUACAAGGAAUCCCUGGUAAUCCUUCCACUAUCCGGCGAAGACAUCUACACUCGUUUUUCGUUUAACUUUACUUGGGACGGCGACCCCGCUACCAAACAAUACCACCAUACCCAUUUAUUCCCGAGAGCCGUAGCGGAAAUCAUCGGGAAUUUCAAUGUCGAAGAACUGCAUUUGAGCUUAACCCAAGGCCUAUGGAGGUACGAAACUUGGGGUUAUCCAUUUAGAGAUGCCGCUCCCGGUGCCGAACUGUGGGCUUGGUUUAAACCAGACACCACCGAUGUCGAUAAAAACUGGAAACUGCUCGCCAAUGCCCUAAGUGGUUUACUGUGUGCAUCAUUUAAUUUUGUCGAUGGAUUGAAUACUGUUAGCCCCGAAUAUUCUUUUAGGCCCCAAGGAGUUAUCGACUGGCCUAAGGUUAAUAAUAGUUUUUUAAGGUAUUCAAGCCUCCCCCGAGAAAUAGUAUGCACCGAAAACUUAACCCCUUUUACGAAACUUCUGCCGUGCGGAUCAAAGGCGGGUCUCUCGUCCCUCCUAAACUCCGGCUACAUACACAACACCAAGUUCCAUUCACUGGACCUAAGCCUGAGGCGAGUAUGCAGCACCCAAGAAUGCACCGCUGCCAACUUGGAAUUGUCUUUGGGGGUGUCCCUCGUCUACAACUACGCCAUUUUGGGCACCAAAAACUGGUCGUUUAAAAAACUGUUCGGACAAGGGCUGAACAGCCGUUGCCACGUGGCAUCGAGUGAUAAAAUCUACGUGGAUCUGGCCCCAAAAGAGUCGUCGAAGCAGGGUUUUGAAUUAGAAGUCGAACCAGAAACUUAUUUAGGAAAAGACAAUGAGGUGGCCGUAUACGAGUUACGGGAUCGUCGUUUUUUAAAUGUCGGUGUGCGUUAUAAUGACUCUGUUGGAUUGACUUUGACUACUCCUGUAAAACUUUAUGCCCAUCAGUAUUUGACCGGGUACGGACAGGAGAGGGGCGGGAUUGUCACCGAGAUAUACAAUAACCAUUGGAGCAGUUUGGAUAUCGUUUUAUUGCAGAACAUUCCGUGGUACGUGCCGAUAUACUUGCACACUUUAAAAGCUGUCUCAAACGGCCGAACCAUCGAACCGACAGUGUUAAAGUAUAGGCCAGGCAAACAACGACAAAAAGCAUAUUAUUUGGAGGUGGUUUACAAACUUCCGCCCCAUUCGGUGACGACUGUUUCAAUCGAUUUUGAUUAUGUCUUCCUUAAAUGGCAAGAGUACCCUCCAGAUGCGAACCACGGGUUCUAUAUAGGUUCGGCGGUGAUUUCUUGUGUUCUCCCAAAAGUGAGGGAUGACUCCUUACUCUGGUCUCAAGGUUUGGUGCAAAUCAGGACCGAGAACUUGGUGAUAACACUUCCAACCCCGGACUUCAGUAUGCCUUAUAACGUUAUUUGUUUGGCGUGUACGGUUGUCGCUUUGGCGUUUGGGCCUUUGCACAAUACUACAACCAAAAGGCUGAUUUUAAUGAAGAAAACUAGGGACGGCUUAUUGCUGAAGUUAAAGAGAAGAUUUCUGCAGAAAAUGGCUGCAAAUUCAGAGAAAAAAGAGGAGUAGUGUAUUUAUAUAGUUGUGUGUCAGUAUAAAGUUUGCCAUGUGUUUUUUUUUUGUAAUAAAGUAUUUAUGGUCAGCUGUGAUUAACUUUGAUUGUUUUUAAAACUUAAUUAAAGUAAUUAUAAGUAA